CUAUCCACCAUCCGGGCAGAACUCAAGAGACAUUGAAAACUCAGGUCUAAUAUCAUGUCAGGCACAUCGCCAUUCCCAAAUCUGCCCAUCUCUCAGGCACUUAUACCUACAACGCCUCUGACUUUGCAAGCCUAUUCCUAUAUCAAUCAACACACCAGUGAAGCUACACGACACCAUGUUCUGCGGAGCGCCAGCUUUGCCAUGCUCCUGGCUCGCAAAUUUCCACCACUGGCCACGGCAAACCUUGAUGUUGAGGCUGUAGCGCUUUCGGCCAUCUUGCAUGACAUGGGAUGGGCUACGACCAAAUCACUGCUUUCGUCCGACAAACGCUUCGAGGUGGAUGGUGCCAACAUAGCUCGAACAUUUAUUCAGUCUUCGGCCCAAGAUCCAUGGGACAAGCACCGCCUUCAACUCGUUUGGGACGCCAUUGCACUCCACACCACUGCCUCAAUAGCUCACCACAAAGAGCCAGAAGUUCUAGCUACCCAGCUAGGCAUCAUGGCCGACUUCUUUGGUCCCAACUUGCCAAUUCCGGGGAAUCUCAUCACAGUGGAAGAGUACAAGGAGAUUGUGCAUGCAUUUCCCAGAAGCAAUUUCAAGAAUGAGCUUAUCCACAUCAUGUGUGGCCUCUGUCGCGACAAGCCCCAGACCACCUUUGACAACUUUGUGUCCGACUUUGGUGUCAUUUAUGGCCUCGACGGUCAUGGCACUGGCAAGGAAGACUUUCUCAAGUCGGUUCAAGAUUCGAACAUAUCGAAACUACUGGUGGGUGGUCUAGAAGCCUGUGCCGAACAUGAAUUGUAGUUGUUGCGAUGCUUAAACAACAGCCACGUACCUUUCCCACUCCUUCUCCCACCAAGACAGCUGUAUGUAGUCGGCCCUGAGGCCAUAAUCAAUCAUUCAACGGGUUCAAA